UUGAGGGAGAAGUCAGGGUGGCGGGGCGGACCUGGCCAAGCACUAACACCCUCCAUUAUUGCCGCGCGGCCGCCAUUCCUCAGCCCCAAGAAACCCUCGUCAGUUUACCAUCUUCUCGCCUUCCCGCGGCCACCAGUUCGACCCCCGCAGGAUCUAGGCGGCUUAAAAAUGCGCCAGGACAAGGGGAGCGGGACCCCAGUGUGGUAGCCAUGAUGCAGGAGAGCCCCCGCCUGCCUCCCCUCCUCCCCCCCGCUUGGGCCCAGCCCCCACUACCAAGUGUGGGCGGCAGCCGUCAGGGGGCGGGCAAGCGGGCGCGAGGGGCAGAGAUCCUCAACGGGCACCACGGACGGCCGCCGCGGCCCAACGGUGGCCACGCCCUACAACAGACCACCCGGGAAGGACAGCAACAGGUCAUCCCGGCUCCUCAAGGCCCCCAGGCACCCCACCCCCUACCCCUGCCCUCCCAGUCCCCCUCCCUGCCCCCCCAUGCCCCACACACACCCCUCAGAGAUGUCCCCAAGGCACAAGUCAUCCCCAAGCGGCUCGGCAGCACGGCCCCGCCCAUCUCCACGCCCCUGUCCCCAGCCACCUCUGGAGCCCUGCUGCCCAGCCGGGGCCGGGAGCGCUGGGGGGGCUGGCUGGGGGGCUCCCUGGGCUCUCAGCAGCGAGGGGGGCAGGCCGACUCCUCCAAGCCAAACUGUGCCAACUCCACCCCACUCCAGACCUCAGAGCACAGGAGCUCCGGCUUCGACAUGACCAAGCUCUACCCGGAGUUGUCGGCUAAGCUGGGCCUGACCAAGCAGGGGCCGGGCGAGGGGACCAGCGUCCACAAGAACGGCAUCACCCUGCGGGAGAACCUGGCGCCUGGGCCGCUCAAGAAGCUGGAGACUGUGACGGAUGACUCCCGCAUCAAGGUGGUGUCCACGGGCCAGAUCUUCAACAACACCAAGGGCCUGGUGUCCGCCAAGCUGGGCAGUGGAGUGCCAAACGCCAAGCUUGCAGGAAGCCCCAAGGCUUCCUCUCGCUCCAGGGUUAAGUGUGGGGACCGGGGACAGAGGCGGGGCAGCCAUGGGCGGUCGGGGGGGCGGCCGGAGACUACUGCGGGGCAGGGCCAUGCCUCGGUGCCGGGCAAGGGACCAAGUAUACCCAGGAGUGCCAGUAAUAUAAAAAACAACAACAAUAACAGCAGUGCUCCUAACAGCAGUAGUAUAUUGGAGGAACAGCUGAGAGGGGGAGGAGGAGCAGGAGGAGGAGGAGGAGGAGCAGCAGCAGUAGUAGGAGGAGUAGUAGUAGGAGGAGGCAGCAGUAGUCAGCAGCGCCAUGUGGCCUCGCCUGGCUCAAGCCUCCAGCACCACCACAACCACCACCACCACCAUCACCAUCAUCACCACCACCAUCACCACCACCACCACCACUCAAGGCUACCUCAACCAGCCACCACAAGGCCUCUUCCUCUCUCUGCAUCCUCCUCCUCCUCCUCCUCGUCCACCUCCUCCUCCAGUAUGUCUUCAAGCAGGAGUCUAGUCACCUCCCCCUCCACCACUGCCCCCCACCCCGCCAGCCUGUCGUCCCAGGAGCCCCGGGUGGUGACGCUGCCUCCCCGUCGGCCUCCGCAGUCCUUCCUCUCUAGUGCAGCUGCUGCCUCGCUCCCCCAGCCUCUCUUACGGGUCCAUGCACUUCGGGAAAAACAUUACGCUUAUAAAUCAGAUCUCUUUCCCUUAGGCAUUGAGACGAGUGAGGAGAGUGAGAGCAGCGACGUGGAGGAGCUGUGUGGUAGUCAGCAGGGCUGGCUGGACCCGACCGACGGUGCCCACCUCACAUACCAAAGCUGGGAGCCGAGCUGGACUCACCCCCACAACCUGCCUCACCUGCCGCGGCUCACCGCCAGCUCCAGUGUCUGCCAGCGCUCCGUCACCCUGGCCCUUGCCCUCGCCUCCUGCAGAAGACAGGUGUCAGCAUCUCGGACGAGGAGUGAGAUGCGGGCGAAGGAGGUGGCCCGGCGCGGGGGGCUCACUCGGCUGCUGGUGGAGACGGCCCGUACCCACCCGCGCCUCACUGCUGCUGCCUGCUGCCUCUACCGCUCCUCCCAGCCACACCAGGAAUCUCCAAAAUUAAAAUCUAGGUUUAGGUCGUCGGUGCUGGUGCGUCGAGCGUGUGCGUACCACGACGGGGAGUGCCGGGAGCUUGCACUGCCAGGCACUCGUCACUGCAUGCGCCACAUCAUGUACAACGUGGACCAGCAGCUGUUCACCCACUGCACCGCCCGCCACCCGGACAACACACUCUGCCGGGUGCCCGUGUUCGAUGUGUCCCAUGAGCUUCCACUGUGUUACAAGCACAGCAAAUCACAGUUUGUGUCGUCCCCACAGGAAAAUGUCGCCAGAACACCAACAGAUGAAACCUCAAAGCCCAAGAGAUCUCGGAAGAAGAAUAAGAUGCCAAUUCUGUCGAGGUACGGCAAGCGGAGCAAGAAGAGGCGGAGAUCUUCCAACUCCACGUGUUCCUCCAUCAUCCCCUCCACCAGCGUGCGGCCCCCCAUGGCCAGCCAAUCGUCCCUCUCCUCGCCCCAGCCCUCGCCGACCACCCCGCAGACCUCGCCGCACUUCUCCACAGCUUCAUGUACAGACUCUGUGGCUGAGGUUGACGAGGAGAGUGAGCUGGGGGAGGACAUGGAGGGCAUGGUGGAGGGCUUGGAUGCUGCCUCCCGCCUCCUGGAUCCUCGGGACCUGCAGGAUGUCCUUAACCGCAUCCCGGACCACGAGUUGACGCAGCUCUUUGAUGCUCCAGAGGGGAAGACCAACGACUUCACCGAGGAGAAGGUGGAGCUUGAAGGGGAGCAGAGGAGCUGCAGCGAGCGAGGGGAUGAGCCCAGCCACUCAGGAAGGUCCCCAACACCCACCCACAGCCCCUCCCCAUGUCCCACCACCCUCACCCCUGCCCCAACCCCAAACCCCGCCUCAUCCUCCACGCCACCGCUCACCGAGGAAGGCACGGCCCUCAGCCUCGAUGAGUCCACACUCAAUGAGCUGGUGGCCGGCAAUAUCCCUAUCGACUCCAUCAUCUCCUCGUCCUUCAACCAGCAGGAGCUCAACACCAUCUCCCAGGCGCUCUCCAACAUCGUGCAGGAGAACAACUACAACCUCGCUGGCUUUGACCUCCCCUCGUCCUCCAGUGGGUCGUUCAGCCACUCGGAGGUCGUCGGGGCGGGCCAAGGGAUCGGGGACGUGAGUGACAGUUCCCUCAUGUCCCAGGGAAGUGAUGGCGGUGCGGGUCAGGCUGCCACGGACUUCAGUGACUCCAGCCACCCGGGGUCGGAGUGCAAAGUGAACCUGGGGGGGCCUCACCAGCGGCCGGGGGGCUUGUUGGGGAGUGAAGUUUCCACGCUGUCCCCCUUGAAGUAGGUCCUGAGGCUUGGUCUGGGCUGCCGUGGUUCGGUCAGCCUCUGGGAAGGACUCGAGUGUUGGGAAUAUAAUCAUGCACUACAGCAUCAUCAGGUUUCUGUCUCUCGAUUGAUUAACCUUAGCCGAAGUUUAAGGCUUUUUUUGUACAGAAAAGGUUUAAAUUUCUCAUGGCGAUUUUACUACUAGCAGUAUUUUUUCAACUUGCGUGUGAGUGUCAGUGGCGUUAUCGCUGCUGCUGCUGCUGCCAAGAGUGAAGGAGAAAGAGUGGCGUGGCGUUGGUCAGAGCAGGUCCGUUUUGAGUUCAUAUGUCCCUUGAGUCUUGUGUUUCUGUCGUGCCUGAAAAAGCCUCUGUUGCAGUUGCCCUCCCUGUGUCUGUCGUGUGUCCAGGAGCUGAGUCUGAAACGUGUGGAGCCUGGCUGAAGUGCGUAAUUCUUUGCCAGACGCUUUAUACUGAGUGCAGUCUGGUGGGACGUUUUUCUUGCGUGUGUGUGUUUCUUGUUAUGGCUCGUGACACUGUUAUUUAUUACUAAUGGUGAAUGAGUAACUCUAUUAUUGUUUUGCCAUCUCAUUUAUUGGUGUGGUGAGGAACUGUUGGGUCUUAUUUAUCACUUUGGGUUCACUAACUGUUCGGGGUCUUCACAAAUGGUCACAAAUAUUCAUCGGAGACAGGAGUAUGGUACGUCAAUUUUGGGCUUCAUUCUUUGGAGUUAGUGAAUUGUUUUAAAAUGGAGACUUGCUUCGUUACUCUCCCUUCACCUCCAGAAACUUACAGACUUCUUUCAAUCAUGUUUUUUCCAUAGACUUCAAGAUAAACUCCCUUCAGCAUUUCUGUAUUCCAUUUUUGGGCCUCAUUUUCUGGAGUUUAUUGAAUUGUUUUAAAAUGGAGACUUGCUUUGUUACUCUCCCUUCACCUCCAGAAACUUACAGACUCAAUCAUGUUUUUCCCAUAGACUUCAAGAUAAACUUACUUCAGCAUUUCUGUAUUCCAAUUUUGGGCUUCAUUCUCUGGAGUCUAGUGAAUUGUUUUAUAAUGGAGACUUGCUUUGUUAUGUCCCCUUCACCUCCAGAAACUUACAGACUCCUUUCAAUCAUGUUUUUCCCAUGGACUUCAAGAUAAACUCCCUUCAGCAUUUCUGUAUCCCAUUUUUGGGCUUCAUUUUCUGGAGUCUAGUGAAUUGUUUUAAAAUGGAGACUUGCUUUGUUACUUUGCCUUCAAUUCCAAAAACUUAGACUCCUUUCAGUCAUGUUUUUCCCAUAGACUUCAAGAUAAACUCCUUCAGCAUUUCUGUCAUCCAUUCACACUCUCAGCUAGGGAAUGUGUUGGUCAGUUUAUUUGAUCUGUUCUGAUCAUUAAUUUUACUCAUGACAAGAAAAUAUUGCUUUGGAAACUUGAACUGAAGUAUGAAAAUGAAUGUUUAUGGAUGGAUGUUUUGACAAGAGUUCACUUUGACAGUAGUUCACGUUGACAGUAGUUUGACAGUAGUUGGACAGUACAUUUUGACAGUAGUUUGACAGUAGUUCAGGUUGACAAUAGUUUGACAGUAGUUGGACAGUACAUUUUGACACUAGUUUGACAGUAGUUCAUGUUGACAGUACUUCACAUUGACAAUACUUUGGCAAUAGCUCACAUAAGUAGUUUGAUAAUAGUUCUCGACAAUAGUUUAUGCUGACAAUAGUUUGACAGUAGGUUCUUGGACAAUACUUCCUUUUGACAAUAGUUCCCUUUGACAACAGCUUGACAAUAGUUAAUUUCCACAACAGUUAAUUUUUACAUCUCGGUUCCAUUUCUCAGAGCACUAGUUAAACAUUUAUAUUUCCAGACAUAAGCAUAACUUACUUUUUCCGCUCACAAAAUCCUCAACACGCUCUAACCUUUGGAAAGAUAACUGUUCAUCACUUCACAUUUCCAAAGUCUGCAGCCAUAAUAACACUUUCGCUGCACCCACUCCUUUCAGUCUCCUCUUUUUUUCUAGUUCACCAAACAUAUGCAUGGAGAGGAAUUGGGGCGUUCAGUGUAAAAGGCGGCAACCAAAUCAACGAAGAUGGUAUUCUGUUAUUGGCGACAUCUGGUGGUUGAAUUCUCACUGCAUUGUGUAGAAUUAAAGGCCUAAAGUUGUGUGAUUUUUUGGUUGAACUCAGAUGGCAUGGGACGUGUGGUGUGUGGAGUCUUGUCAGCCUCUUUAAAAACUAAAUUUGCUCAAAACUUAUAAAAAUCCAAGUCGCUCUUUUUACACUAUACACCUCAGUUGAUAUGCAUGUUCCAAAGCAAGCAUGGUUUCCACAUUUAUUGUUAGGGAUUCUUGAUAACGUAUAGGAUCAGUUUCACACGCUGAUCAUCGCUGAAUCAUAAGAAUGCCACUGAUCGAGAGAGAGUUUUGGCGAGUCUGUAUUGCUUGAAAAUGCGUGUUGUGUUGUCUCUCUCCCUUCCUGACUGACUCUUGCUAACAAGGGAAGUGUAUUGAGCUAGUGCGUCAUGUGUCUUGUGUAGUAUGCGUAAUGUGUGCAUGUGUUAUGGGUGUCUCCGUGUGGCUGGUUUGUUUAUUUGUACUUCAAUGUGACUUCUGUUCAGAAGUUGACUAUUUUCUUAUACAGGUCGUUCAGUAUUCUUUUGCUGGCCUCUCGAGCGUCGUGUUAUCAGCUGUCUCUGUGUGCGUUGGCGUUUUGGAAGACUGUGGAAUUUGCGGAUAUAGGGUAGUCGAACAAAAAUCUUAGGGUGGCAGCGGCAGAAGUGUGUGUGUGAGAUGUAAAUGUUAGUGUAUAUGUGUGUGUGUGUGUGUGUAUUUGUGUUUAUAAGUGUAUGUGAGUACCAUGUCGUAAAGGUGUGUGAGAGAGCAGCAUCGUCGCAGGAUUCCACAAUGUUCCGUUUAUUAAUUCAUAGAUUACUCGUACUACAUUUACAUUUAGCGCGUUGCCCCUCGUAAUAAUAAUAAUA